GACGACACUACCUAGUAUGAUAAAACAUGAAGUAAAUUUGACAUCAACACCUACUACUUAUUAAUCACUACUUCAGUAGUAUAAAAUUGAACACAAAAGUUUUUCACACUUACAACCAACAAACAAACAAAACUUGACAUAAAAACAUAACAUUUUACCAAAAUCAACAACUAAAAUGAUGAAUGAACCUACAGAUAAUCAUUAUCAUUAUGGAUAUGAACAAGAAAAAGAUCAAAUUGAAACAAUCAACAAUAAGUUGACAUUUUCACCGAAACAUCAAAGAUCAACUUCUACUCUACCUAGUCAACCAUCUUUAACUGAUCAUUGUCAUGAAUACGCAACGAUUGGUGUACAUGUCGAUAAAAAUGCACGACGAAAGUUAAUCCUGGCUAGUGGUCUAUGUUUAUUUUUUAUGACGGGGGAAAUUAUAGGUGGUGCAUUAGCUCAUAGUUUGGCUAUAAUGACAGAUGCAGCGCAUUUAUUAACGGAUUUUGCUAGUUUCCUUAUCAGUUUGUUAGCGCUAUUUCUAGCUUCAAAACCAUCAACGAAACGUAUGAGUUUUGGUUGGUAUCGUGCGGAGGUUGUCGGUGCAUUGGCUUCUGUCCUACUAAUAUGGCUUGUUACUGGUAUCCUAGUGUACUUGGCUGUGAUGCGUAUCAUACAUAGUAAUUAUGAGAUCAAUGGUAAAAUAAUGUUGAUUACAUCAGCUACUGGAGUUGGUGUGAAUAUUAUUAUGUUAUUUACAUUACAUGAUCAUGGUCACACUCAUCACACAUCCAAUUCAAAUUUAAUAAAAUUUCCAGAAAUUCAAAUCACUAAAUCAAGUACUACUACUACACAUCAUAUUGAACAUGAAAUCAAUAAUGAUAUACAUAAAGAAUUGAAUCGUCCUAAUAUAACUCCAAAAUAUAAAAUUAUCGAUCCACUGUGUACAUUUCUCUUCUCCAUACUGGUACUUAUAACCACAAUCAAUAUAUUACGUGAUGCUUUAAAUGUACUCAUGGAGGCUACACCACGUGGAUUGAAUUUUAAUGAAGUGAAAACGGCAUUAAUCAAUAUACCUGGUGUGAAAGAAAUUCAUAAUUUACAUAUGUGGAGUUUAACUACUAAUAAAACUGCAGUCUCAGUACAUUUAGCUAUUGAAAAUGAUACAAAUAGUCAAGAAAUCUUAAAACAAGCAAAUCAUUUAUUAAAACAACGUUAUUUAGCACAUGAUGUGACUAUACAAUUAGAGUUGUACGUUGAAGAAAUGGCUGCUUGUUAUCAUUGUAAAGAACCGUUGAAAUGA